AAAACAUUAAAAUUAAAUUUUCGCGAACUCCCCAAAACUUACUCUCCUCUAUCGCGCCGCCACCGUUCCGCCCGACGUCUGCUUCGCCACCACGCUCAACAACUUGACGACUUCUUUCUUUUUACAAGAAGCUCCUAAACAAACAUGGAUGGAGUCAUUUUAGGCAUGCCUGGGCCAUGGGCUGAGAGUAAUUAUGAAGAAGCUGAUAUAUAUACUACGAAAAUCGGAGGCAUUCCUGAUUUUCCUAUUCCACUUUUUGAUGAGAAGCCGGAUCUGCUUAAGUGCGUUACGUGUAGGAGCAAUCUUUCUCUCGUUGCCCAGGUCCAUGCUCCUGUUUCGAGUGUGUCUUUGACAAUAGACGAGCGACUAAUCUUCGUUUUUGCCUGUAUGGUUCCAAGGUGUGAGAGCCCCAUCUGGAAAGCACUUCGAGUACAGAAACUUUUAAGCAACAAAGGGGGCGAAUCACCUAAGUCUUCUUCUUGUUGUUCAAAAACUAAUUGGUUGGACGACCUAUGUUCGUUUGACGUUGGAGAAGAGGAUGAUGACAUGGAUAUAGAGGAGUUGAGUAGAGCACUUUCGGAAGCCGCUAGUUUAAAUUCUACUGACGAAAAGCAGAAUAACGUCGCUAAGUCCAGGAAUGAAUAUAUGUCCACUGGUCAAUCAACUAGGUCUAUUGAUAGUAGUAUUCCAGUUUUCCCGUGCUUCUACACAUAUGCUCAAGAAGAGAAGCUAUCCAAAAAAGCUAUUUCCGAAAGCUCUAAGCUCCAAAUCUCCAUUGAAGAGUAUGAGAAAAAUCGUAAAGAUGACUCUGAUGGAGAAACUUACGGAGAGGAGAAAUAUGAAUAUGAUACAGCACUAAAUGCUGAUAGAACUUACCUCAAGUUCAUGAAAAGAAAGGAUGUCUACCCAGAGCAAUGCUUCAGGUACUCUUACGCUGGCAAACCCCUAUUGGCUUCUGGAGAGAUAGGGAAUCCUGGGUCCUGCAAGCUCUGUGGUGGGGCAAGGCAUUUCGAAAUGCAGCUGAUGCCGACAUUGAUAUUCUUCUUGUUGGAGAGAAGCGAUGAUCAACAAAGGAUACCUUUGGAAAAGUUCGAUUGGUUGACUGUGUUUGUAUACACUUGUUCCACGAACUGUGCAGGUGCAGAGUUUCAAGUUAGAUCUGGUGAUGACGAAUGGAUAGUAGCUGAGGAGGCACUUAUAUUCCAGCACGAGUGAAGAGUUGAAGUGCAGUUUAAGUGUUUUUUCUCUCUUUCAUUCUUUCUUUUUUUGUAGUUUUAAUAUUUUGACAAUAUUUGUAUCUUGAGAAAUUUAUUUAACUACAGAGAUUUAAACCGAACAUAAAAAUGCAGUGUAUACGAAUUGAGCUAUCAUUCUUUUAGAAGCUCAUAUCCUUUUGAUA